AUGCUGGACGAGCUGGAUAACGUCUUCGACGAUCAUCCAUCCUUGGAUGCAUCGCUCGAGGACUUUGAAAACAACAGCAAUGCUCAUCGCUCUCCCGUCUUUGGUCUACCUUCACAGCACUCUGGCUUUCGCUCUGAAGAAUCAGACGUCGAGGAAGAUGAUACGACUCCCAACGGCGAGCGCUGGUCUCCUCCUGGCCUACGUCAAUACGAGGGUACUGGUUGGUACCGUCAUCAGCCCUAUAUGCGCAAGGUCGAUCACGAUCGCCUGCUGCUGAAGCCCACCGUGGGUCUCAGCCCGAGAAACUCGCGUGAACCAAGUCCUCAGUAUGAAGAUGCCAACGAAUUGCCUACGGUAGGAAAACGCAGUGAUACAGACUCCAAGGAUAUCAUCGUCGCUGCCAGUGUGCCUUUGCCCAAUGGUGGAGAUACCCCGCUGAAGGGUCGAUCGCCCAGUCCCGGUCCUGCUCCACGAACUAACCACGAUGGCGGCCUUGAGUUUGGUCCUGACAACAAUCAGAUUAGCAAUUACAUUCGAUUUGCCGUACGCGCAGAAGUCCAGCAUCGCGAACCUCUGGCUGCCAUUUGUUCCUAUUUCCGGUCCAAGUUUGAUCGUAUGACUAGUACCAAAUCUAGCGCCACCCUUUCAAUCGUCCUACUAUUGCUCUCCUUUGCAUUCAUGCGCGCCCUGUUCCUACCUAGCGUCCCACAGGCCAUUCCCGAUCUUGUCAAAUUGUCCGGCUUUGCGCGCUCCUUUGAGCCUCUGAUCUAUUAUUCUGAAAAUGGCGUCCAACAGAUUGGAACGCUUCAAGAAACAGGUGUUGCCGUCUGGGACUUGAGUGAAUCGGUGCGCGGUACCAACAUGACCAGCGCGCCGAUUAUCGUUCGCCAGCUUGAUGAGCUAUCUGAAUCUUUGAAGUCGCUCUCUCUGGAGUUGACACGGUUCUUUGCGAAUGUUGACUCUGAUAUCGAUUCGAUUCUUAUUGUCAUGGAUUGGGCUAAACGAGAACUUGAGACACUGUCAUCGCAACCGCCGCGCACCUUGCCUUCCAUCGUCUUUGAUAAUAUGAACGAUAUGCUGUCGCAACUCGGCACUCUGGAGCGCAUUACCCUGCCCAAUCGAAGCGAAGCAGACGGAGACGGCAGUGGUGACAGUGAAGACGAGCUAGCUACCACACCCACUGUAUUCGGAAACAUUGUCACCACUAUUUUCGGGCAAACCGCAGCGCAGCGCACUCGGACUACUCUCACACGAACGUUCACUGAAUUCCUAUCUGUCCUGGAAGAAUCCAUCAACAGCGAACUAACCCAUUCUACCGCUCUGUUUGCGCUAUUCGAAUCCAUCGAUCGCCAAUUCCUAAAUCUGCAACGUACAGUCGUUCGCGAAUCUGAUGCCCAAGAACGCGCCGAAGGCGAAAUGCUCAGCUCUCUUUGGACCCGUGUCCUGGGCCCCGAUGCCGCUAUCGUUCGCAAAUACGAUAAAAACAAACGUCUUCUCGCCAACGUGCGCAGCAGAACAGUGGCCAACAAGCAUCUCCUGAUGGACCACCGCGGGCGUCUGCUCACUCUGAAAGUCAACCUUGAAACGCUGCGUCGCAAACUUGUCAGCCCACUCGUCCGCCGCAAUGACUCUGUCAGCUUUGUUGGCGUUGAGUCUAGCGGAAGUCGCAGUAAUGGACGGAUGCUGGGCCCUGUUGAAGCUGUUAUUGAUGGACAGAUACGCGGAUUGGAGGGGACUUAUGAUUACCUUCGUUCUGUCAGGGAGCGGCAGAAAGCGAAGCUGAUGGAAAUGGUCUAUGGGGCCGGGCGCAGGCUUCCGUCAAAUUCAAUUCUGACGGGGUCGGAUGAUGGUGCUGAUACCAUUGAUGGGUAUUGA